GACUUCUGGUACCACUCGUGGGAUCCAGAGGAGGACCAGAACCUCAACCGGACUGUGAUCACCACUCUCAACGAGACUGCAACCACCGGUCUCAACUGGACUGCAACCACUACUCUUGACCAGACUGUGACCAUCACUAGCACCAACAGGUUUUUCCUCUCCUUUUAUUUUUGGACUCGAGGAGACCACGUGGGGUUCAGCACGGGGGCCAGUGAACUUCAUUCCGAAACUAUGAUGGAUCGUCCUCUGAGGACCAUUUCUUACACUGCAGAUAUAGGGGAUAUAGUUGUCAUGAUGGCUCUCAGACGAAUGUCACGAUCAAAUUCCCUGGACAAUGUGGAAGCAUCUCAUGCCUCAGAAGAUGGAAAAAGGCAAUACAAAAUGAUUUGCCACGUCUUUGAGUCAGAGGAUGCACAGUUGAUUGCACAGUCUAUAGGUCAAGCAUUUAGCGUGGCCUACCAGGAAUUUCUGAGGGCAAAUGGAAUCAAUCCAGAAGAUCUAAGCCAGAAGGAAUAUAAUAACUUGCUCAAUACCCAGGACAUGUACAAUGAUGACCUGAUUCAUUUUUCCAAAUCUGAAAACUGCAAAGACGUUUACGUUGAAAAGCAAAAGGGAGAAAUUCUAGGUGUAGUGAUUGUGGAAUCUGGCUGGGGAUCCAUUUUGCCUACAGUUAUCAUAGCCAACAUGAUGCACGGAGGACCAGCAGAGAAGUCUGGGAAACUAAAUAUAGGGGACCAGAUCAUGUCAAUUAAUGGGACCAGUUUGGUUGGCUUACCACUCUCAACAUGCCAGAGCAUUAUAAAGGGUUUGAAAAACCAAGCCCAAAUUAAACUGAAUGUAGUUAGAUGUCCUCCAGUAACCAUGGUCUUGAUCAGGAGACCUGACCUCAGAUACCAGUUAGGCUUCAGUGUACAGAAUGGGAUUAUCUGUAGCCUUAUGAGAGGAGGUAUAGCAGAGUGAGGAGGAGUGCGAGUUGGUCAUUGUAUCAUUGAAAUCAACGGGCAGAGUGUUGUAGCAACACCUCAUGAAAAAAUUGUUCGCAUUCUCUCAAAUGCUGUUGGUGAGAUUCAUAUGAAGACCAUGCCAGCUGCUAUGUACAGACUGUUAACUGCGCAAGAGCAACCAGUUUAUAUCUAA